CCUGUUUUAACUAAAAUUUUACCGUUCGUUUUAGUCUUUCGUAAACCCUAAAAGAACCCCUAAUUCUCCAUCAAACCUUCUGCACCUAUACACACAAACUCAAUCCCUGUACAAUUCUCUCAUAUGUCUACUCCACUCGGCGGUAAUCGCAGUCGUGGCGGCCAAGACCGCUUUUACCGGCCGCCGGCGAUGCGAAGAAAACAAUCGGAAUCCGAAAAGUCGACGGAAAAAGUCGUUGCUACUUCCGACGAGUCAACGACAGCGACGGCGAUGAGUACAAGUUUGUUACAGACAGAAAAUGCGUGUAAUUUAAGUAAUUUGGAUCAGUUUAUAGAGAAUACUACGCCAGUUGUUCAAGCUCAGCGCUUUUCUAAGACAAACAUGAAAGAAUUGAGAACUCAUGGUGAUGAUUUCCUUCCAUACUUCGUCCUAGAUGAUCUGUGGGAAUCUCUGAAGGAAUGGAGUGCAUAUGGAGCAGGAGUUCCCCUUGUGUUGAGCGGUGGUGACUCUGUUGUCCAGUACUAUGUACCAUACUUGUCUGCGAUUCAGCUGUAUAUAGACCCAUCAAUGCCCUCAAUGAGACUGAGAAAGCUUGGUGAAGAGAGGGAUGGGGUGUCUUCAUCUCAUGGCAGUAGCGACCAUUGUGGCAGAUGUAGGUUAGAGAAUGGUAUCAACUAUGUUCAGGUAGAUAGGAACUUGCAGAAUCAAGAGAAUGCUGCCAAAGAAUGCUCAAGUAGGUUAUCGUUGAGAAACAAUCUUGUAACAGGAUCAGCAGUUAAUGAAAGUGAGAUUAGUAAUCCUCCUGGUCUUCUUCUGUUUGAGUAUUUCGCACAUGAUCUGCCAUAUGCUCGUGAACCUUUGGCUGACAAGAUUUUAAAGCUUGCAUCUCAAUUUCCGGAACUGAGGACAUGCAGGAGCUGUGAUUUAACACCUUCAAGCUGGAUUUCUGUUGCCUGGUAUCCAAUAUAUAGGAUACCUGUAGGUACAACUCUGAACAAUAUAGAUGCCUGCUUUUUGACUUUUCAUUCAUUGUCAACGCUAUAUGGGAAUACUGGUACUAAUUUGCCGCAAAACCAAAGUUCAACAGCUAAGCAAUUUGGUAAUGGUGGCAUGUCCUUGCAGUUGUCCCUACCAAUAUUUGGGCUUGCUCCAUACAAGUUUAAAGUCUCUGAUUGGAGUCCAGAAGGGGAAUAUGAUUGCCAUAAGAUAAACUCUUUAUUCCAAGCAGCUGAUAAUUGGCUGCGGCUUUUGCAAGUUGAUCACCCAGAUUAUAGGUUCUUUAAGGAAAGGGGAAAAGGGACGUACUCCCUUGUGCCGAUCGAAGAGGGUAAGAUGGGCGCGGCCUUACAUCUACCCAAGAGAGAGUAGAGAGUCCGUUUCCAGAAAAAUGACCCCUCCGGCAUGCUGGAGAAGAGAGUCUAACCCAUGACCACAAUUAGAUUAUAGGUUCUUUCUAUCCACAAUUCGUUAUGGAGGUGAUGAGAACGUGGAUAAACGUGUAAAGUCUGAAUUGGCAAAGAACAUAACAACAUGUUCCGGGUCCAUCUGCAGUCUCUAUCCUUGUGUAUUUUUUAGGUCCCUGCAAUACUAACAUCUCCUCAAUUGUCCUGGGAAGGAAUCAGAAUUCAACUGUCGUAAGAAAGAAAGUUUGAAGAGGACGAGGAACAACAUGGCGACUAGCAAAGAUUCUAGUACAGUAGUAUGGUAAUACAGAGUUCCAUGUUUUCUUUACAUGCUAAAAUUUGGAACUCAGAAAGGAGUUUCUACUUUUGAAAUCUAGGUGGGAAUUGCUACUAUGAUGACGACGAAAAUAUUAGAUCAUAUUUGUAAAUCUGUUUUAGUUGCUAAAAUGUAUAAGCAAUUGUUUUUAGUUUGUACAAGUACAAGGAUUUUGUUUAACUGUGUAUUAGUUAUUUUAUCA